AUGGCGGACUCGCAGGUGGAGGAGCUGCGGAAGGCGUACGCGGCAAUCAUGCUGAACAUGGCCAAGGAGUCGGCGGCGCGGGUGCUGGCGGCGGAGCGGAGCGUGGCGUUGCUGACCGGGGGGAUUGCGGCGGCCAAGGAGGAUGGCGUCGCGGCUCUCGUCCGGCUGAAGAACAUCAUGAAGGACAGGAUGAAGCAGGUGGAAUUGCAAUCUUUGAUACAUGUUAGAAAGAUCAGUGAACUUCAGGAGCAAUUACAUGACGCUCGAAAUACUGUGGCAUCCCUUCAAGUUGAGCUGCAGAGAGCAAAUACCGAAUUGGAGGAGACACGGAAAACUUUAGCAGAGGAAAGAAUGAAUAUCCUUCCAACCUGUGAUAAGAUUGGUUCAAAUAAAAGCAAGAUCUCUCGUUCUAAGGUGCAUCUCCAAAAUAGAAGUUUGUCAUCAAAGGACAAAAAUUCCGUUUGCCACGUUUCCAGUGACGCCAAGGAAAAUGGAGCUGUUGUAAACAUGGAAAACCUGUAUCAUCGUGGUUCUGGUAUGCCAUCAUUUAUAGCAAGAAAUAAGAAAUGUGAGUUGUAUCGUAAUGGGUGUACACAGCGCAUUCGCGCUCUUAAACAGCGGGGUCCUGCUGCAGACUCCUCUAAACAAAGCAGCAAGGAGGCUAGUGCGUCGAAUAACCAUUCAAAGACUGGAAAGAGCGAUAGUGUUAGGAGCACUAGACAGACGAGAUCCACCAUCGAACAGAUACUUCAAACAAAGUUUGUGGCGAACUGCAAGCGCAAGAGAGGUCAACGGAGCAGGCCUGGUUAUAAGCAUGAUAGUUCUGAUGUGCAUGUUAAAACAGAAGAUAAAUCAUCUGGCACCUCUGAUGAAAACGGGUGUUUGCUGCUUCUUCAGGCACUCGAACAUGAUCUUUCACCUCCAAAUUUGUUUUCCAGACAUAGUGGUGAGGGGUUAACUGAUUUGAAGGACGAUUUGUUGAUUGGUGGGAAGGUUGCUGACUUCAAUUCUUGCAUGGCCUCCCCUGGCCCAAUAGAUGCAUAUGCAAUCAGCAACAUGCGAGCGACAAGGAGAAAAAGAUCUAAGAUGGUUAGGGUUUUUGAAGCUGUUUGUUCUGAGUCCAAAAGUGUUCCAGGUAACAAUCUGCCAAGAUCAACCGAUGAGGAUACCAUUUUUGAGAAUGGGCAGAGCUCUGAAAGGAUAGAUGAUCACUCUGAUACAUCUGCCAUAAAUAAUGCUUCCGUUUUAAGUGAUAUGACUAAAAAUCUGAUUCAUUCUAUUGGUGCCAAUAAUGAUCAAUUUCAGUCUGGGGACAGCUCCCCACUAGUAUUUCAGUCAACCAAAAGUCAAGUUGAUGGUGAAGGUGAAUUACGAGCAAAGCACCCUGACUGCAGAACACCGGAGAAUAAUUCAGCAAAAAAGAAAGAAGUUAAAGUGGAUGAAAGUUGCAAUUUAACUUCAGACAGAGCUGAUCAUUUAAUCAUCAGCUCCUUGGAUAAAGAACAAAGCACGAAAGCAGCAUCCGGUGUUUCCGUGCAACCUGAAGGCGUGAGAUGUAUCAAAUACACAUUCAAUCGCAGGAAACGGAAGAAUGUGUCUUUGAACAGCAGCAGUCUGGUUAGUCUAGCUGACAAACAAGAGUCUCAGGCAAAGCCUGAGACACAAAAUCACUUGGUUGAAUCACCUAAAGGCGACAACCAACUAGCCCAUGUUGCCCAACAGCUCAUUUUGUUGUCAGAGCUGAAGUGGUAA